UGCGCGGAAGCAGAUGACCACUCGUGCCUGUUACUCCCCGUUCAGGACCGUGUGGAACAUCUCCAGGCUUCGGCUCGCUGAUUAGAUUUGAGAAGCCGUGGCCCUUUUAGCACAUUCGUUUCCUGCCUAUUGAUCGUGUCUAGACCUGCAUGAAUAUCAUCUGGAAUUCUGGCUCGAACAACACACAAAACGUCUUUGCAAAGGGGAAGACUUGGAGAGAAUACCUUUAAUGCAUCAAUUACUGCACCACUAUCUCCUCGACUGUAACUUAAAUCAGGACUCUUAUGCUGUACUUUAGACGCCAUAAUAACUCUAAAUAUGGGGAGUAACCGAAGACGUACUUCAAGGUCGGGAAUAGAAUUAUUGCCCUGGGCUUAAAUUGCUUUUUUUAUCUAGCUAUUAUGAAUUGUCCAUACACGUUAAACCCGUUACCUUGCCUUUUUAACCAGUAAAUUUAAACCAAAAUAUUUUGUAUCUUACUUUAUUCACUAUUGCGAUUGCUUGCUAAUCCUGUCAUUAUUGUGAUAAGUACUUUCAUUGAUUUGGUAAGAUAUAACGUUAGCAAUAAUUCAACUGCAUCUUCGUAAAUUAGCUAUCGUUAGCUAAUAUGUAGCUAGCCUAUGUCUAACUGCCGGUUUAAUAAAAAUGCACAACUCUAGCUAGCUAACUAGUCUAAAUUACUAACACUAACGUUAAUCUAAGUGACGGACUUUACCUCUGGCUCGAAAUGAAUUGCACAGAGAGCACAGCUACAAUCCUCAUGCACUUGUCACACAUGAUCUUCCGCAAUCUUGGGAUUUUAAAAAUGUUUCGGUCGUUAAGUGGUCCUGUUUUUCGUACUUUGUUAUCGCGCAAAGUCUGUAAGUCGGCUGAGUUACAGAGAAAACGUUGCUGUUCGGUGACAUUUCGAAUGAAAACAAUGGUGCUGGGCAUUCUAGGCACGCGCUGUGGCAUAAAAGCGUUGUUGUAGAAAUCCCCACUUUUAAUAGCCUACUUAUUUUGAAAAUACAAUUAUAUAUAAAAUUGGAGGUAUGUUUCCGUAAACUUUGCUUAAUGAAAACUCAGAUCAGUUAUAUCAUUCAACCACGAAUUGUCCAUUCAUUCUGUAAAUUUUAAUUCCAGAGUCUCGGUGAUAGGCUAGUUGGCUACUCUACUGCUAAUGAUACACAUGUUCUUUAUUAUGACAGUGUAGUAGCUAUCUACUUGCUAACUUUAAAUACAAAACAGCUCUCUACUUUUGUGUAUCUUUCAGUUUAUUGCUAAACUUAAUAGUUUCAGAACCAAUCUCGUGUGUAACUGAUGAAUUAAAUUAGAGCUGUCUAACUCAUUCAAGUCGAUCCAAAAAGCUUCCGCGUAGGCUAGGUGAUUCACAACCAACGAGAGGCGGGCCGAAGAGCUGUCCGUAGUGCUGAAAGCUCUCCGCGGUCUGUAGACGCCUCUUCCUGUAGCCUUGGCGUGCAGAACGGCCUUUUUCACGAGGUCAAUUGACUUCGCGCUACUAACCGUAAAAUAAUCACCCACUGUGUUAAUUUCAAGAGCACUGUGUGCUGUUUUAUAUAGUCUAUAGGUUUCAUGCGAUUUUUCAAUGAAAUUUUACUUAAAUGAAAUCUACACAACUGAACUCUAACAAACGACUAUGAUUACAUUAAAGAUUGUGCAAUGUAGUCAUAGUCGUUUGUUCGAGUUCAGUUGUGUUCUAGUGGUCCUUCCCUCUGGUACGGCACAGAGCAGUCUGUCUGUUUUUCUUUGAACUCUUAUGCCAGGCUGUCAGAACCUUGUGCCAUGCACAGUGUGCCUGUUUGUACUGAUUGCCUGCAUCUGGGAUGCUGAUGCUUCCUGUAUCCGUUACAAAACGUCCGCGUGUCAUCGGCCUCACAGCUAUAUAAAUAUGUUAGGAUUUGUGUCUAAAUCAAACGGUGGGCUAGUCGAGCGCGGAUCCGUGCCAGUCCCGUGGUGUCCGUCGGAUGGCGUGCGACUAUACGAGCGGGGUUUAACGGCAGUCAGAAGGGAACGCGGCAGGUACAGGGUGUGAAGAAAAGAAAUAGGGAGGGAGCGAUUGAGAGAGAGAGAGCGAGAGAGGAGAGAGAGAGAGAGAGGAGGAUGCUGCCGCCGCCGCCGCUGCCAGCGGAAAAUGGCUGCUACAACCUCGAGACCGCCCUAAUACACCGCGAGGACAUAAAGGUGGAGAGAGAAAAGAAACGAAAAUGAAGUGUGAGAGGAAAAAAGAACAAUUGAGAGAGAACACGGCUGAGUGAACGUGAGUGUGUGUGUGUGUGUGCGCGCGCGCGUGUGUGUGCGUGCGUGUGUGUGUGUGUGUGUGUGCGUGUGUGUGUGUGUGUUGAGAGGGAGAGUGUGGGAUAAAAAAGACUGGAGACCGGGGGGGCAGCAGGCUCGAAGCGGCGGGCGACACCAAGCAAUGGAGGGCGAUGUGCGUGUUCGCGCAGUGGUGAUGACACGUGACGACUCUAGUGGCGGGUGGGUGCCCCUGGGAGGUGGAGGCCUCAGUCAUGUGAUCAUCUGUAAGGGGCGGAGUCCGGAGGACAAGGGGCGGAGAGACUACGUCAUCCGCGGAGAGAGGCUGCGCGAUCGAGCACCGGUGUUAGAGUGUGCUGUACAGAGGGGGCUGGUCUACAACAAGGUGAAUCCCAUUUUCCAUCACUGGCGUGUGGAAGACAGAAAGUUUGGCCUGACUUUUCAGAGUCCAUCGGAUGCCAUCUCCUUUGAACGUGGUCUCCACAGCGCCAUCGACAGGCUAGACAGAGGGUCUGAUUCGCCGGCAUCCUCCACCCCUGAAGACAGAGACACAGAAGAUGAAGGCCAGGCCUCUCACACAGAUAGCGAGUCGUCCUCCAACAGCAGGAAGGAAAUGCUGCCAAAACCCAUCACCAUAGUGACCAGUGAGUCCUCCUCCACCUGCUUCGUGAGGUCAGCUGCAGAGGAUUAUGGGUACGGAGCCGGCCAUGCAGUCCCCACACAGACCCCUGCCCAGAUCCACACCCGGCCCGUGCACCAGCAGCCCUCGCAGGUGACCGCCAUCGUGAACCCUCCGGCGCCCCCGCCCCCUCCACCGGCCCCGCCCACCCCUCCGGCCCCGGUCUCCGCCCCGCCCCCUCUCUCCCCCCUCUCGCUGCUGGAGGAGGGGGACCUGCGCAGCCUGGACCCCUGCAAGGACCUGUGGGGCUCCCGCGGGUACGAGGACUACCGCCGGGCGGGGGCGACUCGGACCGCCAUCGGGGGGCUGGGGGGCGGGGUCAUCGUCGGGGGCGGGGUCGACGGAGGAGGGGGCGGCGGCGGCGGCGGCUCGCAGGACAAGUCCGAGCUGUGCGUGGUGCGCUUCGAGAAGGAGCUGGCGGGCGUCGGGGUGACGGGCUGCGAGGUCACGGUCACCCUGGACAGGAAGCGCCACCCCUCGGUCACGCCCUCCUGCGGCGGGGGCCCCAACGCUGCCUCCGGCGCCCCCUCCGCCGGGGGGUCCCCCCAGGACACGGGGAAGGGCUCCCCCUCCCCAUGCUGCAUCCACACGUCCCUGGCCACGCCUCGCUCACGGACUCGGAAAAGAGGAGGAGGAGGAGGGGGAGGCGGAGGAGGAGGAGGAGGGGGCGGCGGGAGCGACUGUGGGCUGGGUCUCGCCGGCUCCGCCUCCGGGGGCGGGGCCGUCUCCCCGGACGAGGACAGCCCCCGCCCCCAGGGCUCGUCGUCCUGCUCGUCGCGCUGCGUGUACUGCCGCUCGGUCUUCAGCGCGGCCGAGAACGGGCGGGGCCGCUGCCGGGACGCCCCGGACCCCGCCCGGCGCUGCCUGCGGCGCUGGACGUGCGUGUGGUGCGCGGAGAGCCUGCUGUACCACUGCGCCUCCGACUCGGAGGGCGAGUUCUGGGAGCCCUGCUCCUGCGAGGACCCGUCGGGCGGCAGGCCGCACCCGCUCUGCUGCGCCCGCUGGGCGGCCGUGCUGGCGCUGUCGCUGCUGGUGCCCUGCAUGUGCUGCUACCUGCCCCUGCACGCCUGCCUGCGCUGCGGGGAGAGGUGCGGCUGCUGCGGGGGCAAGCACAAGGCCGUGCGGUGAGCCGGGGCGUGGCCAGGACCCCGGGGGGGCGGGGCGGGGCAGGGGCCGGGGGCGGGGACAAGGGGAGGGAGUGGGGGCGGGGCUUGAUGAAGUGGUAAAGAGAGAGCACAGGUGUGAUCUGUUCACUUACAAAACAACAUCCCUCCCUGCAACAGGGACAUUACUCAGCAUUUUCAUUUAACCGCCAUAAUUAUCAGUCACAUGACUCCAUUAUCCUGCCAUGCAGCCAAUCCUAUGCCUUUAUUUAACCCACCCAAACUCAGUUCAGUUCUCCUCCCUAAAAAAAUUGAAAAACAAAUAUUAAUUUCCUGCAGGUGAUGUAGGUGCUGAGCUUGAGUGUUUCAGUGUGUGCGGUGCUCACUGGGUCAUGGGAGCAGAGGUGAAAGGUCAAAGGUUAAGGUCCAAUCUCAAGGUAAUUGAUGAGGAGAGACAAGGUUAGUGAGGGUGUUUAAAACUGUUUUCAAAGUUUUUAAUUUUACAAGACAAGAAGAAAAGAACACAAAGUAAAAGAUGUUUAUAAAUGUGACAUAUUGUUCUGAUUAUUGGUAUUUUUAAAAUAUAUUUUUUACUAAGUUUAUCCCCUGGCAGACACAGAGAGUUAUGUAUGAAUUAUAAAACCUUCUCUAAACUGUGGCUUAAUCAUCUUUCUAACUGAAGGAAAAAUGAAACACUCUCUAGGGGGAGUGAGAGAAGGUGAAAGAGGGGAUGUGGAGGGAGAGAGAGAGAUCAAGUGAGGGACAGAGUGAGAGAAAGACAGAGGGAAAGAGAGUGUGAGAGACAAAGAGAGAGAAUGAGAGAGAGAGAGCAGGGUGGAGCAGGGUCCUUUUUACCCAGUCAGUUUAGCCCCCCACCUCCCCCCGCCCCCCAUCCCACAGCCUCUUAAGCGUUUUCACUUAUGCAAUCACCAGUUAACUGCUUACCAAAAAUAAAUAAAAUAAAAUAAAUAAAAACCCAAUUAAAUAGGACCAGUGGCCUCCCAGAUGCCCAAAUCUACCUUAUAAAGUGAAUAGCAGAUGCCACCAAAAAGAUAAAAGUGUUGUAAUGAACAAUGUAUCGAAUAGUUAUUUUUUUAAAUGCUGAUUGACUGAGGUUGACAGAGGACAGUUGUAAGAUGACUUGAACGAGGGGGGCGGAGUUUUAGAGAGAUGUGGAGCCGGUGGUCUGGCCUUCAGAUAGACAGGGUACUUUGGACUGCACUGUGAACCACGCCCAGGGGUCACCAGUCACCAGUCCACCCCCCAAAAAAAACUAAAAACAGCCUCACAGGCCGUCACUGUUCACAGGCUCCAGUGUUUUCACAGAUUUUCUAGCGUUGUAUUCAAACAGGUCCGCAUCGGAAUGAUCUCCGUGAUUUAAAAUUAAUUAACAAAAGUAAAUUCAACUCUGAUAAAAAUGAAACGCCCAUCGUCUGAGAAAGAAUGGGGAUCUCGGUCCAGAAUACCUUGUGGCAGCUGUGUCCGUCGGAAACAGGCUUUAAAAAAAAAUCUGCAUCUCUGAGCUGCUUUUCAUUUUGAAUCACCUCAAAAAUCACCUCAAAAUCCUUCCUUCUGAGCUGCACAUUUCGGCAACCGAGCAGUAAAACUGCUCUCGCUUAACGAGGAACAGGGAAAGAUGUACAGCGGCUGCAUUAAUACAGAACCCCCCCCCACUUAUUAGAAAGGGGGGGGGGGCAUGUGCCAGUGUGUAACACUAUCACCUGUAUUAUGAGGUAUGUUUGUUUACUCUGUUACAGAGGGACAAGGGGGGGGGGGGUCACGUGCUACAUUGUCUGCUGGCUUUGAGUCACUUUAUUUUGGGAAGUGUCACGGUGCGGAAAAUCCCAAAUGCAACGGAGAGCGGUGUGGUGUGUGUGCCGUUCUUGAGCCAAUCACACGAGAGUGUGCUGCUGUGUUCUCGUCCAGUCACACGAGAGAGUGCUGUUCUUAUCCAAUCACAUUUCUCCAUUUCAUCCACCAACCCCCAACCUCCACACGCACUCAAACACACAAACGAAUGCACUCACACGCACACACUCCUUACACAUACUGCUGCAGACAUGUAGAGACACACACACACGCACACACACAGGAGUGACAGAGACAGGAAAGGAAAGGAAGUGACAUCACCCCAGAGGGCCCCAUUCGUACAUCUUAAUAAAUGUGCCUUUUGAUUUAAUUUAUUAAUAACACAUUAUUUUUUAUGUAGUAUGUACUUUAUGUACCAUUUUACCUAUCGGGUUAUUUUUUUUCUGCCAAUGUGUAUAUUUUACAAUGUACGUAUUUAUUGGUUAAUUUUGAAAGAAAGUAAUUAAUGAGAUAUUACCUGUUGGUUUAUUUAUCCAGGUAUUUAUUGAGAUGAUUUAUUUAUUUUUGGAGACAGGUUUUUGAUUUCCGUGUGGUCUUCUCUGACUUAGUGCCAACGUGCUGCUUUGAGGUGUUACAUAUCGUGGGUUUGUAUCAUUAAUUAAAACCUCACUCUAUAUUUUAAUGAAA